CGAUUUCCGUUUACUGAAGUGGCUUGAUAACAGAAGCUACAAAGUAGCCGGAAAUGAAAUGGGGUUGAAAGAGACUUCAUUUAAAUCGUAAAAUUCAUCAAAAUUUGAUCAAUUUUGCCCUAUUUCUGUGGCAGGCGCUAGUUAAAGCGAAAGGUCAAAAUGUCUAAGAGGAAAAAGAGUGCUCCAAUGAUUGAUUCUGAUUCGUCAGAAGAUAGUGACAGUGGGUCGGAUUUAGAUGAAGGCCUAAGAGCCUUGGCUAAAAGAAAGCGACCAAGCUCAGAAUCGCAAGACGCCCCAAAACCUGAUGCGGACAGUGAUUCAGGGACAUCUUGUAGUGAUGAGGACUGGACGAUGAAUGGAAAGAGUCCCAAAAAGAAGAAACCCAAACAAGUUAAAAAAUCGCGAAGAUCCACUACGAUCAGUUCUUCCGAUAGCGAGGGCGGUAGUCAUAAGAGUGCUUCAGAACCAGAGGAAGGGGAAGUGUCCGAUUCUGGAAGCGGAUCGGCCUCGGAGUCAGAUUCGGGAUCGGAAGACGAGAAAUUUGUUGAUGGCUACGAUGAAAACUUGAUUGGAGAUGAAGAGGACAAAAAAAUGUUGGAACAGAUGACGGAAAAGGAAAGAGAACAAGAGUUAUUUAAUCGAAUGGAGCGAAGAUCCGUGCUGAAAACACGAUUUGAAAUCGAGAAAAAGUUGAAGAAAGCUAAGAAGAAGGAAAAAAAUAAGAAAUCAAAAUCAUCCGAGUCUUACCAGUUAAAAUCUGUGAGUGACAGAAGUAAGGAGAGACGAAAAGAUCUCGAGAGUAAAAAAGACAGUAAAAAGAUUUCCGCGCUCGAGACUCUACGAGCCCAACGCGAGGAAAAAAAGCACAAAGAGGAAAAAGCAAAGGAAAAACAAAAGAAACCACUUAAGGCCAGUGAUAUUUACAGUGACGAUGAUGAUGAUGAUGACGAUGAUGAUAAUGAUGAUGAGGUCGACAAGAAGAGAGAAGAGAAGGAAAAUCAGCGAGUUCAAGAUGAUUCAGAUUCAGACGCUUCCAGCAGAUCGUCAUAUCAUUCGGAAUCGGAAGACGAAGAAUACAGGUCAAAAAAGGCAGUUCCUAUUUCUUGUAAGGAAGAUUUAGCGAAGAUUAGAUUGUCCAGACACAAAAUGGAGAAAUGGUGUCACAUGCCAUUCUUUAAGAAAACGGUGCUUGGAGCUUUUGUUAGAAUUGGUAUAGGAAACCAUGAGGGUAGGGCCAUUUAUCGUGUUGCUGAAAUAUUAGAUGUUGUAGAAACUGCUAAAAUUUAUCAACUUGGCUCAACGAGGACAAACAAGGGUUUAAAAUUGCGACAUGGAGCUGCUGAGCGUGUUUAUCGACUUGAAUUCGUUUCCAAUCAAGAUUUUACGGACACAGAGUUUCAGAAAUGGAAAGAAGCUGUGAUGUUAUGUGGCGCUCAAUUACCGACUGUCGAGGAAAUUGAUAAAAAGCUAUCAGACAUGAAAACAGCCCUUAAUUUCCAAUUUAAAGAUGAAGAUAUCAAAACCAUGGUCGCUGAAAAACAACGUUUCAGAAAGAACCCUCAUAACUAUGCCAUCAAGAAAACACAGCUGAUGAAACAGAAGGAGCAGGCUGAAAUCAGCGGAAAUCAGACCGUCGUUAACGCAACCAGUCAGGAACUGGAAGAGUUGGAAGACAGAGCCACAAAACUUGAUCGUAAACGAACGAGCACGAUUAACUCCAUCAGUUUCAUUAAUCAGAGAAAUCGUCUCAACAACAUCAUUGAAGCCGAAAAGGCUUUCAAAGUUGAAGUUGCGGAGGCUAAAAUAGCCUCGGCCGAUCCCUUCACUAGGCGUCAGUGUCGACCGACACUUGUCACCAAGGCUAAUGCUGAAAAACCAGAGGCAGUGAAAAUACUAGAGGCUAGAAAGAAAAUAGUAUCGUCAGUUGAUAAAAGUAAGCCGGUGUUAGGGGAAUUACCUCCCUUAGAUGAUUUGAUGUCAGAUUCACGGAUUCAGUCCACUUCGGGUAAAUCAAGUGAUAAGAAGGAAGUGGAGGAUGUUUUCGCUGUUCAUGACUUUGAAAUUAAAAUAGAUCUUGACGUACCAGCUAGUAACCCGUCGAUGGUGAUGACGAGUCGUGUUUCACAACCUGUGCGCGAUGUGACACCGAGACGCUCUCUAAACCUAGAAGACUACAAAAAGCGACGGGGUUUAAUUUAAAAAGACAAAACGUGACUUAAAUUCCUGCAGCUUGAACUCAUGUGACGAGAGUGUACCCCUGGUACGAUUAGACGAUCUUUUUUUUAUACGGUACGAUACCUCCGAAAAUUUAAACAUUCAAAAUGUAACCAAAAUUCCUACCACAAUGUUUUAUUUAUAUGACCUAUUUUCCUACAGCACUCAAUCGCUGAGAGUGUGUACCCCUGAUGUAGCCCUUGUACGAUUAGACAAUGUUUUAUUACGUGACCUAAAUUCCUACACCUUGAACUCGAUCAAUCGCUGGGAGUGUGCAGCCCUUGUACAAUUAGACAAUGUUUUAUUUACAUAACCUGAAUUCCUACAGCUAGAACCCAUUUGCUGGCAGUGAACACAUGUUACAAUUAGACGAUAUUUUAUUUACGGUACAUCAGAUUUAAUCAUUGUCAAGAAUGACUUUUCUUAUAUAACAUCAUCAGAACAAAUUCAUGAAGGAUGUUAAAUUAAUUUUAUCUGUGUGAGAAUAUUCAAUGUAAAUAAUACCCUGAAUCCCCGGUAUCAGAGACUGAAUCUAGAUACAGUGUUGUUAGAACUUGAAUUAUAUUGUGUUUUGGCUGCAGUGGUGGUAUUGAACAAGCGUUCCAAUGAAGAGAAGGCAGAAAUUCCACUGCCUGUUAAAAAUUCUCCUCCCAAGAAAGAUAUUUAACUGUAUAAUUAGUUUCAAAUUGACUGACGUGUUGUGUGGACGAGAGGAAGAACCCCAUUUUGUUGCAUUUGUGAUUACGACAUGACAUGUACAUUGCAUAUCGUAUUUGAUAUUGUAUCAUGGAGAAGAAUAAACCAAUUACACGACUUCUGAUGACUAGGUCCACUAAAUUCAGAGCUUUUUGUAACAACUUCAACCAUAGCUCUCCCUCUAAUAAAUAUCUACAGUGGUAUCAGUGACUUGCACUUGAUAAUCACGACUAUCACCUAUCCAUCAUAACUUUCGAAAGUAAAUAGACAGGGUUAUUCAGGCACCAACACAGGGUUACAUUUGGAACUUAACCUUUAUCAAUCUGAUAGAUAUCGGAUAUCAGUAUUGUUUCUAAUGGUGAUAUUUAUUGUAAAAGUCAAAACAAAAUAAAACAAACAGUAAUCAAAUAUUAAUUAGAUGGAGCAGUUGUAUACACAAAUAGUAGCAAUUGAGAGACUUGGUAAUCACGACGAUCACAUAACACUAUAGCUUCAGAUAGUAUAUAGACAUUGUUAACCAGGCACUAACACAGCCUUAAAUGUAAAAGACAAAAGAAAAGAAAUUGUAAUGUAAUAUUAAUUAGCUGGAGCAGUGGUAUUCACUGAUAUUUACAAGAAACUUUUUUUUUAACCAUUGUAAGCUAAAUUAUUUAGACUGUAUGUGUUUGUUUUGUUUGAACUAAAGUUGUACUGUAUUUUUACUUGGUGUAUUGUAACAGACAAGUAUCAAAACAGAAAAAGGUUUGUAUAAAAGUAAAAGUAGACUUUUUAGAUUUGAAAUAAGAACAAAUAAGUUUAAAGGCCAGAGAUAUUGUAGUGUUUUGCUUAGACACAAUGUAAUGAUGUAUCAUAACCGCUGAAGCAGUAAACCACCAUCAGGCCAGUAUUCCAUGAACACGGCUUUCGGGUGUGUUCGGUCUAAUGCAAGUAUAAGGGGGCUGGCUCCAUAUAACCGGUAGAUCGUGUACGUAAAAAACUGGCCUUACAGUAAAAUAUGAUAGAAUUUAUAGAUAGUCGUAUAAGUUUUUUAAGAUUUUGUGUUGAUAUAUGCUUGAUAACGCCUUGUGAAAUCUUGUUGGCAGUGAAAUAAACCAUAGUAAUUGUUAUCUAUAAAUAGUGUUUUAUUUGAUAAGGUUAAAGGGAGACAAUACAUGUAUAUUAGAUUAUUGUUUAUACCACAGUUACAGAGGGUAACAAUUCCCAUUUUUAAUCCCACCAAAAAAAAAUGUCUGUAUUUUCUUUUUAUUUCAUACAAAAUGGGAAAAGGCGUAUUUUCUGAUACAGAAUUAUUUAUUCAUAUCAUUUGUAAUUAUUAAUACUGCGUUUUAUUCAUUCAUGGUGUAUCUGUUCAUUGUUCAUUGUCCAUUUUUGUUUUUAUGAGCUUUAUAAACAAGUAUGAUCAUAGAUAUGAACCAGGAAUACACACUGAUUAGCAGUGAGUAUUCGCUAGGCCGCGGCAAUGACUGAUAAGGAUGACAUCGAUGCGACUUAAUGAGCCACAAAUAUUAAUUUUUUUCCUCCAACAAAUUAAAUUCUAAAAUAUUGUUUUUUAUGUAUUUGAAAAAUAAAUAAAGACGUUUGAAGUAUU